GUACUUGGUAUCUGCUUCUCAGUUUCGUUUCUCUCUGCUCCUCAUAGUGUCAGUGACACAAGGACCCCUAUCAGCACAGUGUAGGUGGCAGUAUGACUUUAAGUGUCCGGGAGGAGACGGGCUGCACCCAGGUACUGGAGAAAUUGGACUACCAAGUAUUAAAGCUCUUGGCAAAGACCGUAACAGGGAAGAAGAGGACGAGGAGCAAUAAGGAAGGACUCAUUAACGGCAUAGUGAAGCACAGCAACAGUGCCAAAGGUUUGUUGGAGCGGAGAAAGGUUAAUUGUGCCUCCAUCUUCAAGUACCUAGAAGAGAAUGGUGCCUUGCCCCAGGAAAGAACAAAGCCUUCACUUGUGAAUAAAGCCAUUGAAUACUGGAACGAACCAGGGAAUAAUGCACCACGUUCACCUGCUCGACGCACAGGGCAAGUCCAUGGUGAGAGAUUGGGAAAUGGGAGCCAAGGCCUGGGAAACAACCAUCAGAAUCUACACACACCUCCCACCCAACUCUUUGUAGGAGCCAUGGUUCCCAUUCCUCCAGGGAUGGAGCAGCAAAUACUGUCCGAAGUCCUCGGCCCCAGAAUACAGCAGCAUCCACCAGCUAGAAACUGAGCAACGUCAGGAAAGUCUUCUGCACCAUCUUCCAGUGACAGCGCGAGUAAACUGUACAAUUAGAACUAUCAGACACCAAGCAAUAUGGGAUUAUUAGACAGCAAGCAAUAUGUGCAAAUCCCCGAAUAAAUGAAGUAUUACUGCUGACUCACAGCAAUAUGCUUCUCUACCUAUGCACAAGAAGACAGGUGCCCCAUAAUAGGUCAACUGGAUGGCUGGAAACAGUUGGUGGAAGAGGAGGGGGAGUUGGUCUGAGGAAAGUGUGAGGAGAAGAACAGCUGUGGCAGCCAUUUUGUGAGGUGGAGAUGUCAGGGCUGCAUGAAGACAGAGAUUAAAAAUAAACCAAGUUCGAAGAUCAGCACUUCCACCCAUCGUCACUGCUGUGCCUGCAUUUGAAGUACAAGUCUGACCCUGAGAAGCAAAGCAUUUGAUUGAGAGGGUUCCAGCUGUUAAAUACAGAUGUAGCCACGCUCAUCUUACCUCCAUAUGGCAUGUAGUGGGAAAAACCUACUGUCACAUUACUGUACGUAUGCCUGCGCGUGGCCGCAGGGUGGCAUAUGCAGUAGCAGUAUGAAGAAUUGAGUAUCCGGCAAGUGCAAUACUCAUGUUUGUCCCCCAGGUGUCACUUUUGAAAACCACCAUUGCACAUGUGUGAAGUUUCCAACGUAACAUCAAAUGAUGCUUGCAGUUUAAGAACUUUUUUUUAGAUAUUUUUUUAUUUCUAACAAGAAAAAUUUGGACUGGAUCGCACAAGGCAGGGCGCUUAAAGGUUAUGAGUACAAUAUAUAUAAUACAACAUAAAUUGGAUAUACAAUGAUUUCCUUUUCUUCUAAAGUGUGGAUGGUCAAUGAGAAUCUUUGCUUUGCUCGAUUUCCGUCAUGUUAAUAUGGAAUAAAAGAUAAACAAAGA